AUGAAGUUCAUUUCAGAAGCCAUACAUGGUUUCCCAUUUACGGUCGGUUUUGAAGUUCGAUACUAUAACAAAGAAAAACGUAUGUAUGAGAAAUUUGAACAGGGAAAACUUUUACAAGUUAGUUUGCUUGUAAAUUUAGAAACAACUCUUCAAGCUUUUCAAGAAAAAAUAAACGAUAUCUAUCUCGAAUAUGCAAACCAGUAUAACAUUGACGAAGGAGAAUACCAUCUCGAUAUUAUUUAUGACAGGAAAAAUGCAACUGUUAAAAUCAAUAGAAUAGAAGACCUUGGAGAAAACGUUUAUAUUUCUACAAAAUAUAACAACUUGGCAUGGUAUAGAUUUAUGAGGAUGUUAAAUCAGCCUGCAGCAUAUCCAGUACACCCAGACUUUUAUGAAGUCGAAAACCCUAAUGGAACAUAUGAAAAUGUUUUCGACCAAGAUGCUAUUAUUGUUCAUGCUUCAUUUUCUGGCGCCCAAAACUCUUUCUUAUGUCUGAUGAAUGACUUUUACGAAAAACCUACAAAGUUAUACGAACCACCAAGUGGAAGUAUUUCAGACUUUCAAGUAUGGUUUACUACAGAUGGAAGAAAAAGAAUAAUUCCAUUAUACCAUGCGUUUUACUUAGAACUUAGUUUCAUAUACAACUACUAUCGAACGGUAAAAAUAUAA